GAUUUGCUCGCACAGCAAUUAUAAAGAAAAACUCAUUUUAUUUCAUUUAUUUCAACAAACACACACACAAUGGCACAAAGCAAACUCAAUGAUCUAGCGGGCAAGCUGGGCAAAGGUGGCCCACCUGGCCUGGGAAUUGGACUGAAGCUCUUGGCUGCCGUGGGCGCAGCAGCCUAUGGUGUCAGUCAAUCCUUGUAUACCGUGGAGGGCGGUCAUCGCGCCAUCAUCUUCAGCCGCUUGGGUGGCAUACAGAGUGAUAUUUACUCUGAGGGUCUUCAUGUGCGCAUUCCAUGGAUCCAAUAUCCAAUUAUUUACGAUAUACGCUCGCGUCCCCGCAAAAUUUCAUCACCCACCGGCUCGAAGGAUUUACAAAUGAUUAAUAUUUCGUUGCGUGUGCUGUCGCGUCCUGAUUCGCUGAACUUACCCUUCCUGCACCAGCAAUUGGGCGUGGACUACGACGAGAAGGUGCUGCCCUCCAUUUGCAAUGAGGUGCUCAAGAGUGUCAUUGCCAAGUUCAAUGCCUCCCAGCUGAUUACACAGCGUCAACAGGUCUCGCUGCUGAUACGCAAGGAGCUGGUGGAGCGCGCGCGCGACUUUAAUAUUAUCCUGGAUGAUGUUUCGCUGACUGAGCUGAGCUUUGGCAAGGAAUACACGGCGGCCAUUGAGGCCAAGCAGGUGGCACAGCAGGAGGCACAACGGGCCGUCUUCUUUGUGGAGCGCGCCAAGCAGGAGAAACAACAGAAGAUCGUGCAGGCCGAGGGUGAAGCCGAGGCAGCCAAAAUGUUAGGUCUGGCCGUGAAGCAGAAUCCAGCCUACCUGAAGCUGCGCAAGCUGCGUGCUGCCCAGAGCAUUGCCCGCACAAUUGCCAGCUCACAGAACAAGGUUUAUCUGUCCGCCGACAGCUUGAUGUUGAACAUUCAGGACUCCGGCUUCGAUGACAUGACUGAGAAGGUUUACAAAAUUGGCACCGGCUUGCCCAAGAAUUGGCUAGACGCACGCAAAAUGGGAACCGCUGGCGACUCCAAUGUGGGCGAUGUAGCUCGCAGCACCGCCGAACGCAUCAUGUAAUUGACGAAUGAAGAAUCACAUUAUGGCUGCAACAUUUUUGGCUUCCAGACAAAGAACAAGAAAUUCAAACCCAGUACAAACAAAGCAAGAACACACAAUACAGACUUAUAUAAACGACUACAUAAGGGCCUUAUGAAAAUUAUCUAUCCAAAAGCAAGAAGAUUGACUGCAGAUGGCAUUUCAUCAAAUACGAAACAUUU